CGUUGUACCAACUGAUGGUUUCACUGGUUCGGUUUCCAGAUUAUUAGUUGCCCAGUUGUUUUUUUGCUCGAUCUGAAUCUCCUUUCUUUGUGGGAAACAUACCAUGAAUCAUCAGAAAACAUUUUCAUGUGACAUAAGCUGCACCCCUUUUAUCAUUUUGCUCCAUAUAAAUUCGUGACAACACGGAAAAAAAUGUGUGGAACUAAUUAAUCAUGGAGCACUGCACACAAAUAGUGGCUGUGCUUGAGAAAAGAACGGAACAAUAUCUGGUUAAUUCCCUGCCCAACUAAGAGUAAAUCCUUGCUGAUCAAAUUUCCUUGCUGUGUGUUCUCCUUGCAGAUAGAUGGAGUCACAGACUCAGUGCAGCAAGGGCGAUGAUUCCAGCAAGUCAGCAACGCCGCACGGUGGUAAGGGCGAUGAAUCCAGCAAGUCACCAAUGCCGCAUGGUAGCAAGGGAGAUGAUCCCAGCAAGUCACCAAUGCCGCAUGGUGGCAAGGGAGAUGAUCCCAGCAAGUCACCAAUGCCGCACGGUGGCAAGGGCGAUGAUUCCAGCAAGUCACCAAUGCCGCACGGUAGCAAGGGAGAUGAUCCCAGCAAGUCACCAAUGCCACACGGUGGCAAGGGCUAUGAUCCCAGAAAGGCGCCGCCCAUGCCUCAGAUGCUUCCCAUCACAAGGCCGACUGAGCCCGGCACAAGAGGGCGCCACAUAACGCUACUCACCAACCACUUCAAAGUCUCCCGGAAGCCAACGCAUGGCUUCUUUUACCACUACCACGUACAGCAAUCCCUCAUCCUGACCAGUCCAUCACCAUCCUACUUCUUGUUGAUCUUGAUUUCCACGGCCACCUUCUAAUACUUGGUUUUGAAUUUUCCAUUCGCGGGUGGAUCUCAAGUACAAAGACGUUAAACCCGUGGUGGGAGAAGGCGUGAGGAGGAAAGAGAUG